UUACAAUAUAGAAGACGUUUGAAAGCAAAUAAAGAGAGAGAAAAACGACAAAAGAUGCGGGAUGCUCCUCUCUGGACACCAAGUGGACAAUUUAGCCCUCAUGCUAUAACUAACACACCUUCAGCUGUUGUCUCUCCUCGACAAGAGGCUUACGCCAUGCGAAAGCAAGCUAUGUCCUAUAGUGCUGGCAGUUCAGAAGCAGCUAAUAAGAGUGCUGCAGCAAAUCUUCGAGCCAUGCUUGCAACACCAUCUCCUGAUGCUAAUACGUCUUCUUCAAGUACGCCAAACUCGAAUCCAGCAUCAAACAAGAGAAAGCAUGAAGAGGAAGACGAGGAACCUAAAGAUGAUAUUCGGUUAUGGGAGGCAGGAUGGAAAGGCCGUUAUUACAAAAACAAAUUUCAACUGUCUGAAGACGAUGAAGGUUAUGAUGACUUCAGGAAGAAAGUGGCACACGCCUAUGUGGAAGGACUCUGUUGGGUUUUACUUUAUUACUAUCAGGGCUGUCCUUCUUGGAAGUGGUUUUAUCCAUAUCAUUACGCUCCCUUCGCCUCAGAUUUCCGUGACCUUGCAUCACUUCCAAAUUCUUUUGAAAAAGGAACACAACCGUUUAAGCCUCUGGAGCAACUGAUGGGAGUAUUCCCAGCUGCCAGCGGAAACUUUCUUCCUCCAACCUGGAGAGAGCUGAUGUCUCACCCAGAGUCGCCGAUUAUUGAUUUCUACCCACUGGAUUUUGAAAUCGAUCUCAAUGGGAAGAAAUACGCAUGGCAAGGUGUAGCCCUGUUACCGUUUGUUGACGAGAAGAGACUUCUCGGUGCUCUCAGUGGAGUAUAUCCAGAUCUCACAGACUUUGAGGUGCAAAGGAACAAUCGCGGUAAAGAUCGCUUGUUUCUACGACAGGGAAAUCCCAUCUUUGACUUCUUUGUUGGUUUAUAUGAAGGAGGUGGCAUCAAAGAGGCGGUUGAAAUCGUGGCUAAUCUGAGUGGUGGCAUGUCGGGAAAAGUAGAACCAGACGAUGUUCCUAUUUUACCGUACAAAACUGUUCCAUCUCCCAUACCUCAACUUUACGACUUACGGGACAACCGAACGAUAAGUGUCCUGUUCACUGAUCCUGUUUACGAUGACGAUCAUAUUUUCAAAGCAGAUGUUUUACCCAAUGCACAACUUCCAGCCCGUGUUCUGAAGCCUGAGGGUUAUGACAGAAAUGCUCCAUAUAGGCCGGUCACGGGAAUGAAUCCUAACAGGACGUCGUUCGCUCAAAUUGACAGCGCUGGAAGAAGAAUGCUCAAUUUUCACGGAGGUGAGGUCUUUCGUCUAUCUACACCGGGCAGUCACGCUCCUCCCUUCAGGUCAUAUUCAGUCCCACCGCAGAACUACCCUAGACAUGGUCACCCUCCUCAUUCAAGAUCCAUUCUGGGUACUCCUCCAUCAUCACGUGAUUACAAUGAUCCAAGACGAAACAACUCUUAUAGGCAGCAGGCACCGCGUCACAAUUCAGGCGGUUACCAAGGAAACAGACCUACGCCGUGGUCUCAUAUGCGGCCUUCUUAUCGGGAACCUGGGCCAAAUCAGCCCCAUUUCUCGCGCGGUAAUUAUAGCAACUCACCACGGGACCCGCGGGAAAAUCAAGACAAUCGGUACCGGGGUGCCCCGGCCAGGCAUGAUCAUCGCCAGUCAUACCAGCUCUCCAACUACCGCUACAGACCUUACUAACUGAACUGCGUCGCUAUCCUCAGCAACCAAUCAUUAAGCCAGCAGGAACGUAGUGGACUACAAAACUCGUGGACGGGGAUCUGUUCAGUAAAAGCUGUAAGAACACAGUUCCGCUUCUCCGUCAUUACCGAGGCUUUACACAACGAAAUGGCUGGUUUCCAUUACUAUAUCAAUAAGACAUUUAUGCCUAUGAUUUUAUCUGUCAGCAUCACUUCUUUUUGUCCUUAAUACCCUAACAUACGUAAGCAUAAUCUCCAUAAUGGCCUCUAAACAUUUCCUAACGUGCUGACAAGGAGAAUUUGUUUAACGAUCAAGAACUUCUCCAGUUGGUGAUCAUUUCCUAUAUUCUCAUUACCUUAGUGUGUGAUUCGGGAGUGGUAAUGUUGGGAGAAAUGAGAUGCUAAUCACUGUUAUGGAUGAAAGGGUUAGCUUGAACUUAGCGAAAAGGAAGGUAUUUCGUAAUUUGCCGGCGACUGUCAGAUAACUGUAAACUAAACUUAACGAAGACUUCACGUACUAGAUAUUUGAGCCGUAAAGUUUGGGGCGACAUUUACGGCAGAGUUUAAAGACUCUCGUGUUUAUCUUUUUUUCAGCAAAAUUUUUAAUUUCAUGUAAAUUGGGACUUGCAUUUAGUUAAUUCUUGCACAAUUUCUCUACCAAGUUAGUUAUUUCAAUUGAGGUCUCCUUUAGGUAUUUAUGCUUUAAAAAUCAAUACCAGGACUUAUGUAGCAUUAGUAAUUCUUUUUGUAUGGCACUGUCACCUUAUAAAUCGGAUUUUUAUAACGUUAAAGACUCCUGAGUGAAAGCUGUUUGCCAGGUCAAUGUACAAUAAAACACUUUCCCUUC